AUGGCAGAGAACAUUAAUAACUUGAAUUUGUUCUCUUUGCUACUCAACGAAAAAUGGUUGAACAUAUGGGAAUCCGGAAACCACAUUGACUUCAACGAAAAUUUCUUUGUCGAUUCAACUUCCCAUGAAGAAAUCAAACAAGCACAAAGAAAUGUCUUCAUCGACUUCAUCACAGAUUGGAUUGCAAACUUCACUCGCCGCGACAUUAACAAAUUCUCACUCAAGAUUUCAAAUCCUCAUUCUUGUGGCAACACAAUUGAAAGUUGCGUUGAGUUUGCCGCACAGCGCAGGGUGAAAGACAUAACCCUAGAUUUCUCAGACAAUAACAACUUCAAUAAUAAUAAUAACAAUAAUGCUUUGUUUCCGGUGCCAACGCAAGUUUAUCAAAUUGGAUCGUCGCUCGAAUCCCUUAAAUUGAGUUCGUGUAGUUUCAACGUGCUGGAUUUUCUUAGCUUUGAUGCACUCAGAGACUUGUCUUUGAGUAGGAUUAGGGUUAACAUCAAAACUCUUAAAACUUUGUUGAAAAUUUGUAAGACUAUGGACAGUUUACGCCUUGAAAAGUGUUGGGGUAUGGAAGACUUCGAUUUGGGUCGUGAACCAAUUUGGUUAACAAGAUUGGUGAUAGAUAAAUGCGAAAUGGAUACGGAGUAUGAUUUAACAUUUAAUGCGCCAAUACUUAAAUAUUUUAAAUAUUCUGGACAUGUGUGUUAUUCAUAUAUAAAGGCAAGACAAAUAGAAGAGGUGGACAUUGAUUUUGCCCAAGAAUCAAGAUAUAAUAGUGAACAUGGCGAAGCUUUUUGCGAUGUUCUGGGUGAUUUGUAUAGAGCCAAGAUUCUAACAGUUUGCAGUUAUCUACUCCAGGUUAUUCCAUCUGUAGAUCAACUGGAUCGAGUAUUGAGAGUAAAACAUUUGAUUCUGAAUACUCAAAUGCAUCCUAAAGAGAUUGGUGGAUUAAAAUUCUUACUCGACCGUUGUCCUUUAAUGGAAAAACUGACAAUGAACAUAGGAUCAGGAGGAGUUAUAUUUGAGGACUACAAACCUUCCUAUGAUUUAGAUAUUAAAAAAUUCUGGUUUUGUGGAGGAUUAUUUCCUAGAUGCUUGAAAAGAAGAUUGAAGGUGGUGGAAGUGAAUAAUUCGAAAGCAACCGAAUCUGAAUUUUUAACUUUGGGCUAUUUUAUGCAUACAGGGAAAGUGUUGGAAGAGAUUAAUAUUAAUAUCUGUAAUGAAGAUGAUGGUCUUACAGAAACUCGAUAUGAACGUGCAAGGACUUUAAAGAAUAAUGCUAACAGGCGUUUUAGUCAUUUGCAAGUAUCAAUUUAUUGAUGAUGAUAGUGUGAUAUAUUUAUUUUUGUUUUUCCAAGUGUUGUGUGGGGUAAUGUAAUAUUUUGAUUUCUCUUUAUACAAUGAUGUUUUCUGCUUCAUUUGUGUAAUAUUUUUUGUGAUUAUUGCAUUGCAACAACCAAGAAUUAGAUGGAAACAUAA